AUGUCGGACGAGGGCGAACAGCACAACCUCUCGACCCUCUUCACCACCCGCGGCCCUCUCCCUCUCCCUCUUUCAGACCCCAUACCUCUCCUAGACCCCAUAAGCCUCCCACCAGCAGCGGAGCCUGACAUCCCACCACUAGCGAUGCCUGACAUCCCACCACCAUCGAUGCCUGAUAUCCCACCACCAGCGAUGCCUGACAUGCCGCCACCCCCACGACCACGCAAGGCAGUCCCGGCAUUUGUCACCGCGCCGUCCAUGUUGGCAUUACCCGAGGAACGACCUACCAUUGAAAAAGAGGAUGAGGAGAUACCAAUGGAAGGUGCCUUCGCCACUGAAGAUGAAUGGAGCGAUGAGGAUGAAAACCUAUUCGUUCCAAAACAUGCUGAUUACGUAAAGAUAUUGGACAAACACAGAGCUGAAUGGAGAGACACCAUUAUGCAAAAACUGGGCCCAGACAUCGGCCAUCCCUACUUGGGCUUUCAUUCGCUGCCAGCCAGAGUUCGCGCGAAGGGGGUAGUCCGUCUGGAAAUGCGUGGGCGCCAGUGUCCCGGUUUGAUGCCGACACUCACCGUGGGCCUACCUAUGGAGGUGAUACCGGCAAGGUGGUUCGUCAGCAAACGAGGGAAACAGGUCCUCAUCGACAAUGAAGGGAGACCGAUCCUCGCCAGACAGACCUCGAAGCAAAGACUGAGAACCUGGGCCCUCCAGAAGUGUGCCGUGGUAUUGAGAAAACAGCAUCCCUCCCUGGAGGAUUUCGCGAUUGCGUUUGGACCUCUGGGGCACGUACCCAUUGGUUAUUCGCAUCCCAGAUAUAUCUGGUUGCCUGAAGAUAAAGACGAGGAGGGCUGGGCCCGGUACGAGUACACGGAUGUCCAGGCCCUCCAGAAGUGGUAUUUCAGAGCCAAGAGGUUGCGUCCGAGGGUUGCAAAAGCCCGACCAAACGUCGCCCAGCCCAGCCCACAGGCCACCGAGCUACGCUCAGCACAGGUCGUCGAGGCCCUCGAGAAGUGGAAUUCGAGAGCCCAUUUAAGUCCGACGGAGGUUCAAGAAGCCCUAUCAGACCUCACCGAGCCCCGCCCACAGGCCCCCAAGCUACGGCACAUGGACGAGCCGCUCCAGCCACGCCCAGCACAGGUCAGUGGCACAAGCCGAGGGACGUGGGCGGAACGGAAAGCAAAACGGAGAAGGAUAAAACUAAAGGCUUUGGAAGACAGGAUAUUACGUCGCGUCAUGGCGGAGAUGAGUCGCGUCCUGGCAGAGAUGGGGCGCCGCCAGCGAGCGGGAAGACGACGGUCAGCAGAUCAAAUGGGCUCACCAUGA